UUAAUAGAGAUGUCUCCAACCAUAUCUGUUAAUUUUAAGUUCGAAACAUUUGGACGAUGACUGGGAAGAUACAAUGAUGGCUAUGUAGGGACAGUAUGAUCGUGACAGGGUUUUAGGACUGAUACGCUAACAGUCUGGUAUUUGGUGUUAUGAGGUCACGUUGAACAACAUAGUAUUUGAACAGAGUCGAUUAGUUGCUUAAUAAUUUUGAGUUCUCUCUUUAUUGUCAUCUUUUCUUAUUUCUCCAUUUUCUCUUAAUUUCAAUUACAUUCAGUUUCUCAUUCAUAAGAAUGUUAUAAGCUUUAACAUUGCAUUCAGUUUUGUUUACUUCAUUUUUACAAUGUUACAAGUUACAAUUUGUAAAACGUGAUCUUAAAACCUUCUUGUUGAAAGGAAUAAUCAGACUAUAAUUGAUAUUUAAACGUUUAAAUGAUAAGUAAAUGGGAAUAGUACCAUUUCGUGAGAAAAUAUUAACACGUAGCUCUGUUGGUAAUACAUGAUACAAUAUCUACGCACCUCGGCAAGGUCUAUGCUGUGUGAGGGUCUUUCAAGACUACCCCCAAGUCCUAUUCAGAAGACAGAGGAAAGCAACAACAAUAACUCUUCUGGAGAGUCUGGGAGUGAACGUGCUCAUAGUCCUGCAGCAAUGCCCUCUGCACUAGGUUCCAAAACAGACUCGUCUAGAAUUUCACCAUCUUCUUCAGACCAGAGGAGAUCCGAUAAUGAAAGCAAUAAGGAUGAACAUAAAAGGAGUGACAGAUCUGACCGUAACAAGCAUAGUGGUGAGAAAAAUCGUCGAUCAUCUUACGACGAUAGAAGACAACGUGGUGAUAAUAGUAAUGCUCAUAAUAAAGAUACCAGGGAGAAACGAAGUAGAGACGAUGAGAAAAAGUCACGCGAUGAAGAUAAACGUAAAGAGAAGAGCGAUGAGAAAGAUCAUCAUUAUCGUGAUGAUAAUCGAAGGGAUAGAACUCGUGAAUCGAGAAACGACAGAGACAGACGUAGAGACAGAGAAAGAGAACGAGAGCGUCGUCAUUCUCGGGACGAAAGAUCAAAGGAUCGACAUAGGGAAGAAAGAUCUAGCUACCAUAAGGAAAAGGAUCGUACGAGAUCAAGAUCCAGGUCGAGAGAUCGGGCUCCGCUACCCUUCAGAACGAUGAGCUAUAGAGAAGAGAAAGGAAGAAAUAAAUUGGCACAAUUAGAGAAAUUAGGAAUCGAAUUGAAAGCACCUGAAGGGGAUACUGUAGCUUUGGGAAUUCAAAGCGAGCAAAAUUAUUAUAAUCCAUUGACCACAGCUACUCAGGGGAAAUAUGCGGAACAAAUUCAAAAGAGGAAAUUACUGUGGGCUAAUAAGUCGAAACAAGAAGAAGGUAAAGGUACUUCCAAUACAGCUACUACGGCAAACACAUGGAUGGGUACGACGUUUACUCAUGAUCAAGAUGGAAAAGUAACUGCGAAAUUUAAGAGACUGAUGGGAAUAAAAGGUGAUUUACCUAACACCCAAACUACAGGUACAAAGCCUGAUAUUUUGAAAAAACAGGAAGAAAUGUUUAACAACAUGGAACAACAAUAUGAAGUGGCACGCGCUACUACGCACACUCAACGUGGUGUAGGACUCGGAUACUCCACUGGGGGAUAUCAAUUUCCACGAUAAAUUAUUAUUAUUAAUAUUUACUUAAAUGAAAGAAAUUGAAAAAAUGAAACGCUAGGUAACUGUAUUAUAAUAUAGUGAUAUUUGUAUAAGUUGUCACAAUGAGAUUAAAAAGAGAAAGAAAAAAGAAAUAGUUUCGUUCGAGCUUGUAUCAUUAAAUUUUCGUAAAAAGCUUAUCAUAUAAAGCGUUUCUAUAAUGCAUCUGAGAUGUUUAAAUGUAUUUAAGAAAAGAUCAAAAAUGCAUUGUAAAAUUAACAAUUAGAUUUUAAAAGGUUUAUUAUUGCAAAUUUUUCUUUUUAACCUCUUUAUUUAACAUGUACAGGAAAUAUAGAUGUAAAAAAAAUAGUUUUGAUCAAUAACAAGCGUUUAAAUA